AUGGCUGCCGAACAAGACGAGCGAACUCUACGAGAGUUGGCAACACAUGACGUUGCUCAGGUUCCUAUCUGCAUCAGGUAUCCAGAAGGUAACGCAAAUUUUGUUCUAAAAACUGGUUUGGUCCACCUAUUACCUUCCUACUAUGGUUUGGAGAACGAGGACCCGAACAAACACCUCAAAGAAUUCCAUGUGGUGUGUUUAAGCAUGAAGCCCAACGAGGUUACGGAUGAUCUUAUAAAGUUAAAGGCAUUCCAUUUUUCUUUAAAAGAUCGAGCUAAAUAUUGGUUCUACUCGUUACCACCCGGUUCGGUAACGACUUGGAACCAAAUGGCACGAUUAUUUUUAGAUAAAUUCUUUCUCGCCUCCCGAGCCACUACACUCCGUAGGGAAAUUUGCAGUAUCAAACAAAGAGAUGUGGAAACCCUCCAUGAAUAUUGGGAGAGGUUCAAACAUCUCUGCGUUAGUUGCCUGCAACACGGAAUUUCUGAGCAACUUCCGUUGCAGUAUUUUUAUGAGGGCCUUCUUCCUAUGGAAAGGAAGAUGAUUGAUGCCACUAGUGGAGGGGCAAUUUUUAAUAAAACCCCAACUCAAGUGAGGGCUCUGAUCACAACUAUGGCUGAGAACUCUCAGCAUUUUAGUGUGCGAGGUGAUUUAAGGAUAGGGCCCCAAAAGAUUAACGAGGUUAAUACCGAUACCAUUGAGAGUAUGUUAUUUGAUUUGACUAACCUCGUUAAACAAUUAGUUGUGGGUAAAGAGCAGGUUAAGGCAUGCAGUAUAUGUAAUGGAACGAGCCAUCCAAUGGACGCGUGUCCACAACUCCAAGAGGAUGUUUUGGUUGCACCCGAAGAUGUCAACGCCAUCGGAGGCUUUCCAGGCCAACAACCACAGCAAAGGUUUUAUAACCAGAGCUUUGGUGCCCAAAGACCUCCGCAACAAUUCCAGCAAAGGCUAUUCCAGCAGCCAUUCCAACAGAGAGCGACAUUUCAGCCAAACAACCAAGCCUCAAGCAGUGCACGUAUGUCUUUAGAAGAUAUUGUUAAAUCUCUUGCAAUUAACACUCAACAAUUUCAACAAGAGACGAGGACGAAUAUCCAGAAUUUGGUAACCCAAAAUCAAAGUUUAAUGGCCCAACAGAAGAAUUUGGAAGCUCAAAACGAGCAAAAGGCGAUUUCGCUUAAUCGCAUUGAGAGCCAAGAUAAGUUACCGUCCCAAACUGAAACUAACCCGAAAGCUAAUGUUAGUGCCAUUACUUUGAGAAACAGGACAGUUCUGGAUCCCGAACCCAAAGCAAGGAGCGAGAGGAAAGAAGAGAAAAAGGCCGAGAUUACGGGUGACAAGUCAAAUGAAGAUAAGAUUGAAGGUAAAAACAUAGAGGACAAAGGAAAGACGCUCGAAUUGGUCAUCCGACCACCAUUCCCAAAGAGAAUAGAGCAAAGCAAGAAGGAGCAAGAAGACAAUGAGAUUAUGGAGAUUUUUCGCCGAGUUGAGGUAAACAUUCCACUCGUAGAUGUUAUUAAAAGAGUACCUCGAUAUGCUAAGUUUUUGAAGGUGUUGUGUACGAACAAGAAGAAGUUGACCGGGAACGAGAAGGUUAGCAUGGGAGAGAAUGUAUCCUUUGUGCUUCAAGGAGAGAAGAUGCCACCUAAGUGCAAGGACCCAAGUAUGUUUACUAUUCCUUGUAAAUUAGGUAAUGUUUCAUUAGAUAAAGCCAUGUUAGACUUAGGCGCAUCUAUAAAUGUCAUGCCUUACUCGAUUUAUUCAUCACUGAAUGUGGGACCUCUUAAGAGGAGGGGAGUUGUUAUACAACUCGUCGAUAGGUCCAAUGUGUAUCCCAAGGGAGUCCUUGAGGAUGUGUUGGUUCAAGUAAACGACUUAGUCUUCCCGGCUGAUUUCUAUGUCAUAGAUAUGGAGGAGCAUAAUACCUCCAAAUCACCUUUGAUAUUGUUGGGAAGACCAUUUCUGAAAACAUCAAAAACAAAAAUUGAUGUUCAUGAUGGUACGUUAACUAUGGAAUUUGAUKGUGAGGUCAUUAAAUUUAAUAUCUAUGAUGCCAUUAGAUAUCCCAGUGAUGUGUCUUCUGUUAGUUUUGUUGAUGUUUUAGAUCUUAUUACUCAUGAUUUGUAUGACUUGACUAACCGAGAUUUGUUGGAGGUUGCGAUUACAAGGCACCUACAUGCAAAGACAUUUAAUUUGUUGAUGAAGGAGUAUGAUUUAGGGCCCGAGCUUAAAGAUAUGGUCUUAGCCAUGGAAUCACAUAAGAAGUUUCUUAUAUCAAAUGUUAAUUUACCUUCUUCUUACACU